AUGAAUCCGGUAUCGGUCACGCUGGACAGAUGCACAGAGGGCAGGGUGGGAGUCAAGGCUCACGUGAAAGCAGAAGUGCACAGGAAAGAUUUGGCUCACCUGAUGCUUACUAACAGGCUCUGUAAAGAUGACCUGAAAGCCUUGCUUGCCUUGAAGGGAUCUAACUAUGCUGGUCUGCUGGAACGGCAUCGCAUUCAUACAAAAAACGUGGAGCAUGUUGUAGACAGUUUACGGAACGAGAAGAUAGAAGUUCGUCUUGUUAAACGUCGAGAAUAUAAUGAAGAGACAGUUCGGUGGGCAGAUGCUGUCAUAUCAGCAGGAGGCGAUGGUACAAUGUUGUUGGCAGCCAGUAAGGUCUUUGAUAAAUUUAAACCAGUUAUUGGAGUAAAUACUGAUCCUGAAAGGUCAGAGGGUCACUUAUGCUUGCCUGUGAGAUAUACACAUUCGUUUCCUGAAGCACUACAGAAGCUUUAUCGUGGUGAGUUCAGGUGGCAGUGGCGGCAAAGAAUCCGACUGUAUCUUGAAGGAACUGGUAUUAACCCAACCCCUGUAGAUUUACAUGAACAGCAGCUAAGCCAAGAGCAGCACAGCAGGGCUCACAUAAAUGAAAGAUUCCAGGAUCAAAGAUCUGACAUUUCUGGUCCGCAUCUUCUACCAGUAAGAGCACUCAAUGAAGUCUUCAUUGGGGAAUCUCUUUCAUCCAGGGAGAACUUUAAGUCCUGCAAACCCAGUUUUAAAUUCUCGCUUCAUAGGGCCUCCUAUUAUGAGAUAUCAGUUGAUGAUGGUCCUUGGGAAAAACAGAAGAGUUCAGGGCUUAAUGUGUGUACUGGAACGGGAUCAAAAGCAUGGUCCUAUAAUAUCAACAAGGUAGCACAUCAAACUGUUGAAGAGAUCCUUAAGAUUGCUAAAAAGCAUGGAAGCUUGAAUAUGCCAUUGAACAUGGAACUAGUACAAAAAGUAACAAAUGAUUACAAUGAGUCCCUGCUCUACAGUCCAGAAGAACCAAAGAUGUUUUUCAGUAUUCGAGAACCUAUUGCAAACAGAGUUUUCUCAAGUAGCCGUCAGCGUGGCUUCUCUUCAAA